UAUAUUUGGGGUGCACAAAUUCUUUUGUCGAGGCUAGGCAUAAACUCCGGUAGAAAACAAAACAAACAAAUACUUGUUGGAGAGGGUGUUGCUAGUUGCAAACUUGCAACAGCUCAAUUAGAUCUGUUCAUGCAUUCUAGUUCAUCGGUCACGUCUCCCGACAAUUUAAGACAAGAGGAACCACACCCAAACCGUAGCUAGCUAGCUCAUGAACACCAUAUAUAGCAAGCUAGCUCAACGGCGGAGGCCUGUCUGGCCGGCCGGCGACCGAAGAGACCAUCUCGGAUAUGGCGGAGGACGACGAGGCCAAGUGCUCCGCCGACGUGGCCGAGGGGUCCUACUUCAUGGCCGGCGUGCUGGCCAUCCUCGGCCUCAUGGCCUCCGUCCUCGUCCUCUCUGGCCUCUUCCAUUCCGUGCUUCGUCGCGUGGGCCAGCCAAGCAUCAUCUCGCACAUCCUGGCCGGCGUGGUGGUCGGCCCGACGGUGCUCGGUCGCAUGGUCGACCUCCGGCAGCUGGGUAUGAAGGACGCCGGCCGGGCGCUGGGCGACGCCAUCUACUACCUCCGCGUCGUCUUCAUGUUCUUCAUCGGGCUGGAGAUGGACCUGCGCUACCUCCGACGACACUUGCGUGCCUCCAUCAUCGUUGCCUUCGGCGGCUCCGCGCUCUGCCUCGUCCUGGCCACCAUCUCUGGCCCCUUCUUCUACGGCCUUCUCCACCCAGGGCAGCGCACCUUCCAGCCCGAAAGCCUCUACGCCUCCACCGCCCUCUUCAUGCUCGUCCUCACCAGCACCGCCUCGCCCGUCCUCAUCCGCAUCGUCACGGAGCUCAAGAUCACCGGCUCGGAGACCGGCCAGCUCGCCAUCGGCACCGCCUUCGCCAACGACAUCGCCAGCCUCGCCGCUAUUAGCAUGAUGGUGGUCAGCCCAACCACCUACGACAAGGACGGCAAGCCCUUGCCACCGCCCAACCGGCUAGUCGCGCUGCCGGUGGUGAAGGUGAUCAUGUUCCUGUGGAUGGCGCUCAACGUGUGGGUCUCCGUGCGCAUUAUGGUAUGGAUGACCAGGCUUGUCAACAAGACCAAGCAAGGGAAGCAGUACAUCAGCAAGUACGAGCUGUUCGCCAUGCUCGUGCUCAUCGUCGGCCUCUCGCAGCACGUCCAGCUAUUCGGCUACAGUGCCUCCAUGACCGCCUUCAUCAUCGGCCUCACCACGCCGCGGGAAGGCCCCACGGCGCGCACGCUUAUCGACCGCCUCGCCUACCCCGUGCACAGCAUCAUCAUGCCCCUCUGCUUCAGUACCAUCGGCGCGAGGCUCGACUUUGCCAAGAUCAACUGCUUCACCCCCACCCAGUUCCUCUUCGUCGUCACCUACACCACGCUGCUCAGCACGAUCGGGAGGGUGGUCGGCACGGUUGUAGCCGGGCGGAUGAUCGGCAUCCCGGCGAGGGAGACGCUCGUGCUCGGCUUCCUGCUCAAUGUCAAGGGCUACGCCGACAUCCUCGCCAUCAACCUGGGUGACUCGACCGGGAUCUGGAACGGCGCGGCGCAGGGCGUGCUUCUCCUGUCCUCCAUCAUCACCACCUUCAUGGCCGGCCCAGCGUCGGCCGCCAUCGUCCGCCAGCAGCGCCGCGCAUUCCAGUACCGCUCCCACUGCCUCCAGCACCUCAAGCUUGACCAGGAGCUCCGCGUUCUCGUCUGCGUCCACGGCGCCGGGAGCGUCCACUCCAUGCUCACCCUCGCCGAGCUUUCCAAGGGCGCCACGCCUGUCGCCAUAUACCUCCUCCACCUCAUCGAGCUAAUGAGCUCGCGCAAGUACGCCAUCACGCACUUCUACCACACCGGCGACGGAGCUGACGAAGAGGACGAUGACAGUGGCCGAUGGGGCUACGCGCCGGUGAUCGACCAGGUGGUGGCCGCCGUCAACGGCUUCACGAACGGCACCUUCAUUCCAGUCCGGCAGAUGACGGCCAUCUCCAGCCUCGAGACCAUGGACGCCGACGUAUGCAACGGCGCGGAGGACGCACGCGCGUCGCUCGUCGUCGUGCCAUUCCACAAGGAGCAGCGCUACGACGGGCGCAUGGUGUGCCGCCACGACAACCGCCGAGAGCUCAACCAACGGAUCCUGCAGAGAGCGCCAUGCACCGUCGGGGUCCUCGUCGAGCGCCGCCUCGGUACCAUUGCGGAGAGGCAGUCCACGGCCACAGAGGGCGGUCCCAGCAGGUCGGCAGCUGAUGACCCCGCAGGCGAAACGCACAACGUGGUGGCUGUGUUUCUCGGUGGGCCGGACGACAGGGAGGCGGUGGCGUACGCGACUCGGCUGGCGGCUCAUCCGUCGGUGAGCGUGAUGGUGACGAGGUUCCUUCCAGCGGGAGCGAGCUUGCACAGCAGCACGGAGGUGCCGUCGACGACGCUGAUGUCUCCCAGGCGAGGUGGUGAUGAUCACCUAGUGGCCGUGGUGGUGGGCGAGAAGGAAGAGGAGGCCAUGGCGGACGAGGAGUUCAUGGCGGACUUCUACGCGAGGUUCGUGGCACCGGGGCAUGUGUCUUACACGGAGAGGUACGUGAGCAACGGGCCGGAGUUGGUGGAGUCUCUGUGCUCCAUGGCCGGGAUGUACUCGCUGUUCGUCGUGGGCAAGGGUGCUGACGGUGGCAGCGCGGCCGUCACCCAGAUGACGAGCGGCAUGGGAGGCUUGUACGAGGAGUGCCCGGAGCUAGGACACGUGGGGGACCUCCUGUCCUCGGACGACUUGUCCGGCUGCUGCGCCUCGGUGCUAGUGCUUCGGCAGCACAACGUGCGCCACAGGAUGAAACAAGAUCCCAAUGGUGUCGACCAUGGCCUCAGAUGAGAAUGCCAACAAUACUGUAAAGUUAGUCUUAUAACAUAGAUAGUCUUACUCCCUCCAUAAUAUACUUGUAUCUAGAUAAAGUUGAGACACAUAUUUUUAGAUGGAGGAAGUACUAACAA